UAGUCCCGCCGCCCUCCCGGCCUGCCCCGCGCCGCCCGCUCGCCCUUGCCGCCGCCCCGGGCCGCCGCCGCCGCCGCCAUGUUCCGCGCCGGCCGCCUCCUCCCGCGCCUCGCCGCCCUCCCGGCGCUGCCGCCGCCCCGCGCCCGCGGCUAUGCCGACCCCGCCGCCGGGCCGGUCCCUAUGGCCUUCACCUUCGCCUCGCCCACACAGGUGUUCUACAACGGUGCCAACGUGAAGCAGGUGGACGUGCCCACACUGACCGGCUCCUUCGGUAUCCUGGCCUCUCACGUCCCCACCCUGCAGGUCCUCAAACCAGGAGUCGUGACAGUCUAUGCUGAGGAUGGCACGGCCACCAAGUACUUUGUGAGCAGCGGCUCUGUCACGGUCCACGCGGACUCCACCGUGCAGGUGCUGGCGGAGGAGGCGGUGACGAUGGACAUGCUGGAUCUGGCUACUGCAAAAUCAAACCUGGAGAAGGCUAUUUCAGAGGUGGCUGCAGCGUCUGAUGAAGCAGCUAAAGCAGAAGCUCAGAUUAAAGUAGAAGCUAACGAAGCCCUUGUAAAAGCCCUGGAGUAAUUAAGCUGGGAGACUGCUCUGCGGCAGCGCGUGUGCUGUGCCCGGCAGCAGUUUAACAGCCAGAGCCAGGGAGAAGCCCUCGGAGCAGAAUUCACCGCUCUGCCGAGCCCACCCCGCGUUGAAACCAGCUCCGCUUCUGUGUUGCAGGAAUCCCACUGUUGAGUAGAGAAACCCCAGGCUGUCCUACUUGUCCUGGCUUCCCCGAUUGUACAGAUGGUGUGGGACAAAUGGAGGUGGAGAGAUGCUCUGAUCGAUUAAAAGGAAAUGUAAUCCUG